GAGGAGGAGAAGAAGAAAGAGGAGGAGGAGCUGCUUCCCUCUCAGGACUGCAGCCUCUCCGCUCUCUGUGAAAUGGCUAAAGAGCUCCCUCUAGUGGACGAGGAGGAGCAGGAGGAGGAGCAGGAGGAGCAGGCUCAGUCACUUUUGGGGGAGGACGGUGGCUGUACGUCACACCUGGACUUGUUGUCCCGGGUAACGGAGAACAGGUCCGACCGAGCCGCGGUGGUCACGCUGAUGGGAGAGGAGUACGUCAUCCCACCACGCUCGGCCUUCCUGCUGUCUGAUUUCACCAGAAUACAACCGCUAGUCCGCUAUGGAAGGAGGUUUGAGCUCAUAGUUAUGGACCCGCCGUGGGAAAACAAGUCCGUUAAGAGGAGUCGCAGAUACAGCUCGUUACCUUCGUCCCAGCUGAAACGGCUCCCCGUCCCCCUCCUGGCAUCCCCGAACUGUUUAGUGGUUACCUGGGUUACCAACCGGCCGAGCCAUCUUCGUUUCAUCUGUGACGAGCUGUAUCCUCACUGGGGGGUCGAGGUCGUGGCUGAGUGGUACUGGGUUAAGGUCACCACAUCUGGACAGUUUGUGUUUCCGCUGGACUCACAGCACAAGAAGCCGUAUGAGGUGCUGGUCAUCGGCCGAUAUCGCUCCUCUACGACUGACUCCUCCAGCCUUUCAGAAACGUCUGCGGCCCCUGUGGAGGAUCAGCGUUUGAUCGUCAGCGUCCCAUCAGCUCUGCACUCUCAGAAGCCUUCACUCUCAGAGGUGUUGAAGCCGUACGUCGGAGCCGAAGCAAAGUGCCUCGAGUUAUUCGCCAGGAAUCUUCAUCCUGGAUGGACGAGCUGGGGCAACGAGGUGCUCAAAUUCCAACAUACCAACUAUUUCACUUUGACGCCUGCGGACGAUGACGGAGCAACGACCUGA